GUGACUUCUUGUGCUUAUGCUUCUCAACUUACAAUUGCAGGCCAUUGGCAUUCCAUAUCCACUUGUUAUGUUAUCCACUUACUCAUCAUGAGAAUACACGGAAAAAAAAACAUUUCUUGAUCAUCUAUAUAUACACAACACACUUCUUUAUUGCAACCAUCAACAAAAGCUUUCCUUCUCAUUCAAACAAAUAUUUUCUUCCAGCUCAGAAGAGUUCGAAUUUGCACAGCAAUGGCCAUCCGACAGAUGCUGAGACGUUCCUUGUCUAGUGAGAGAAGGUCAGCUGAAGUCCCAAAGGGGCAUGUUGCUGUUUAUAUUGGCGAGAAUGAAAAGAGGCGCUUUGUCAUUCCAGUGUCGUACUUGAACCAUUCCUCGUUCCAAGAAUUGCUGUUUCAAGCUGAGGAAGCAUUUGGUUUCCAUCACCCUAUGGGCGGCAUCACCAUCCCCUGCAGCGAGGACUUAUUCGUUGAUGUCGUCUCUAGUUUGAGAAAAACAUGAUUAAUGUAGAAGAUAUGUGUAGGAAAAUCACCAUUUUGUAGAUUAAAAUCUCUUAGAAAUGUAGUCAAUGACAUACUACAAAUGAAGAUUAUAUAUAGAACCAUUUUCGGAUUA